AUGAAUCCAUAUAGACUUGGCCAGUCUUCAGGGGAUAGGGAACCUGAGAGCACAAACACGAUCCCUUUCCCUCCUUUUCCAUAUGAUAUGCCGGAGGAGGCAGAGGCCCUUAAUUUAAUACCAACACAACUGCAAGGGCCCCCACCUCAGUAUACUGGAUCCCAUGGCAGAUUGACUGGGUAUCCUGGGGAAGCUUCUAAGUAUGCUUCUGUCAUUAGGGAUAAACUGGGCUCUGAUCCUUUGGUUACCCAUACUCACACUCACCAUUAUUCUUACAUCGAGAAUAAUUUCAGACCCCAGCCACCAAUUACUUAUGAUGCAGCUUCACGCCUUAUGCUUGCUAACCCUGCUACUAAUAACUCUUAUGUUCAUUCCCAACCCACAGGGCAAGCAGAGAGCGUUGCUGCUGGUGCAGCUACAUCACCUCAAGGCGUCUCUCACUACCACCAACAAGAACGCGGUCGGCCAUUCUACCGAGGUGCGCCAUCUUUCCGUCUUCGUUCCCAAGGGCGAGAACGGAGUCAGCCAGCAUACCAACAUUCAAGUCGUAUCAGCCGCGAGCUUCGAGAGACUGGCCAUCUACCGUCCACGCGCCCCAACUCACUUGCAACAUUAGCUGCUCUUACGACCAAGCCAAACCUUACAACCACAUUACUGCAAUCAACCCAACGCUGA